ACGGCCAGCUGCAGCCACCCUGUAGCGCCGGCAGCUUGCUAUGGCACAAGUUUAUAGUUAGCGUUCCCAAAAUACCUUUCUGCAGCCUUUGCUUUAAUUGGGAGAAGUUAACAUCAGUCAAGUUUCAUGAGUGACCGGGGAUAAUGAGGUCGGUUAUUGUGCUGUGGUUGCUGCUUCUGAGCAUACAUCAUGCCACAUCAACACCCAAAGGAGUCACUGCCAGUCUGAAAGCCAAGUGGAGCAUGACACCUUUCCUUCUAGAAACAAGUGAGUUUGUAGGAGAAGAUGGGAGCGAUAAGUUCUGGCAGUUUGUUGACACUGUGAAGGAGCUCUCUGUUUACAAGCAAGGAGAGUCCGUGCGCUCAUACUAUAACUUGAUCAUUAAGAAGGCGGGCCAAUUCCUCACAGAUCUGCAAGUUAAUCUUCUGAAAUUUGCUCUGGCACUGCGGUCGUACUCACCAGCUGUUCAUGCGUCUCAGCAGCUAGCCAGCGAUGAGCCUCCGCCUGAGGCCUGUCCUGCCUUUGUUUCCAUUCAUGGUCAACACAGCUGCAACACCAAGGACAUCAAGAAGCUCCUGAAGGCUGCUGCAGGCAGGCCACAGCCGUAUUUAUUCAAGAAUGAUCACACGUAUCCCGGAGUCAACAAAACACAUGUACCAGUGGUGAUCCUGUAUGCUGAGAUUGGAACCAAGAAGUUUGUCUCUUUCCAUAAAGUGCUAUCUGAGAAAGCUCAAGAGGGUAAACUUCUAUAUGUGCUACGGCACUUUGUAGCGCAUCCUAAAGCCAGAAAGAUGCUUUUAUCUGGCUACAGUGUUGAGUUGGCCAUCAAAAGCACAGAAUACAAAGCUGUUGAUGACACCAAAGUAAAAGAUCCAAAAACAAAUGCAAAUGCAGAGGAUUCCGAUAAUGAUGUCCAAGGAUUUCUUUUUGGAACAUUAAAAAAAUCACACCCUGAACUGAAAGAACAACUUGGUGAGCUGCACAAACAUCUCCUGGAGAGCACCAAUGAUAUGGCUCCACUUAAAGUGUGGGAACUGCAAGAUCUGAGUUUCCAAGCUGCUGCUAAAGUCAUGUCCGUGCCAAAGUUUGAUGCGUUGAAGGUCAUGCGUGAUCUCAGUCAAAACUUUCCAAGCAAAGCCAGAUCACUGACAAGAGUAGCUGUAAAGCAGGAAAUGAGAAAAGAAAUUGAGGAGAACCAAAAGCAUCUGAGUGAGACGAUUGGCGUUCACCCAGGGGACGGGGAGCUUUUCAUCAAUGGCCUGCACAUUGAUCUGGACGUUCACAACCCUUUCAGCAUUUUGGACAUCCUCAGAAAAGAGGCCAGGGUCCUGGAGGGGCUUCAUAACUUAGGCAUAAAAGAGGAGCAUCAGGGCAAGCUGUUGAGGUUACCUGUGAACAUCGUAGACGACAACUAUGCCUUAGACAUCAGACAUCCAUCUAUAAUGUGGCUAAAUGACAUAGAGAAUGACCCGAUGUACCGGAGUUGGCCAACAGGUGUUCAGGAACUUCUCAGAGCCACCUUCCCUGGUGUCAUCAGGCAGAUCCGACGCAAUUUCUUCAACCUGGUGCUGUUUCUAGAUCCAAUACAAGAAGAAACUGUCGAGCUGUUAAAACUAGCUGAGCUCUUUUACAAGCACAAAAUCCCUCUGAGAAUUGGAUUUGUGUUCGUCGUCAACACCGAGGAAGAGAUUGAUGGCUUCUCAGAUGCAGGGGUUGGAUUCUACCGAUUAGUGAACUACAUUGCAGACGAGUAUGAUUUACCCCAGGCUCUGAUGUCUAUGGUCUCGAUUUACAAAGAAGUAGAAGUUGGCGAGACUCUAACUGUGGGUGAACUCACUUCUUACCUUAAGAAAAAGUUCCCCAAAGCCAACGCUGAAAGAAUUCUCGGUGCAGAAUCGGAGUAUGAUUACAAGAGAAAGGAUGGAACCCUCUUCUAUAACAAGAGUGGCCUUGGUGCCCUGCCCCUGGCUUUAUUUAAUGGAGUUCCUCUGAGUCCAGAUGAGAUGGAUCCAGAAGAGCUGGAGACGAUAAUCCUGCAGCGCAUUAUGGACACGACCACAGCUUUUCAGAGAGCUGUAUUUAUGGGUCAGUUAACAGAGGGUUCAGAUGUGGUUGAUUAUCUAAUGGAGCAGGCUAAUGUGGUUCACCGGAUGAACCCACUUAUUCUAAACACUGACAGGAAGUACCUCGACUUCACUACCACACCAGUUGUAGAUGACUGGGAGGACACAACCAUGUUUUCAUUCUUGGAUGUCAGAGACAAGACGUCUGUGGUGGCUAAGAGAAUGAAGUAUUUGACAAACAACGAUGAGAAUGGGAUGAGCACUGUGACCAUGUGGGUAGUUGGAGAUUUUCAGAAGCCGUCUGGGAGAAAACUGAUGCUCAAUGCUCUGAAGCUUAUGAAGUCCAGCCGUGGAGUGCGUGUUGGGGUGAUCGAUAACCCCAAGGGAAAGCCAAGCCAAGAUAACACUGUGGUGUUCAGGGCUAUUUGGGCCUCUCUCUUCACCCAAAAGAACAAGGCUACGGUCGAGUUUGUGCAAAAACUGCUCAAAGAGGAAAGCAGUCAGCUCCUCCACCAUGGGACCAAGAUGAAGGACUUACUGCUGCAGGGCAUGGACAUGGAUGCCUUUGAGAAAAAGUUCAAUACACUAGAAGUGGAUUUCAUUCGCAGUCAGCAGCUUUUCUGUCGAGAGGUGAUGAAUCUGAGUCCUGGAGAGCAGGCAGUGGUCAGCAAUGGCAGGAUCCUUGGGCCAUUUGAAGAACAGGAGGAAUUUACUGUGGAGGAUUUCCACUUGCUGAGGAAAAUAACACAAAGUGGUUCUGCAGAGAAAGUCCAAGUCAAAGUUAAACAGAUGGAGCUGAAGCCAAAGCAGGCCAGUGACUUAGUCAUGAAAGUUGAUGCGCUGUUAAGUGCUGCCCCUAAAGGAGAAGUGAGGAGGGACGUACACUUUGUCAAAGACAGUCACAGUAUCCUGCAUUUAUCACCCCGGGAGAAGGAGGUGGUCUAUGAAGUGGUGGCCAUUGUUGAUCCUCUCACCAGGGAAGCCCAGAAGCUGUCCUCUCUGCUGAUUGUGCUCAGUCAAGUGGUCAACGUGAAACUGCAGGUGUUUAUGAAUUGCAGGGCCAAGUUGUCCGAGAUGCCCCUGAAGAGCUUCUACCGCUUUGUCCUGGAGUCUGAUGUGACUUUCCUAGCCAAUGAUACGGUGUCUCCAGGACCAGUUGCCCGUUUUGUGGACCUUCCAGAGUCUCCGCUCCUCACUCUUAAUAUGAUCACACCGGAGAGCUGGAUGGUGCAGGCAGUGAGCAGCCCUCACGACUUGGAUAACAUCCACCUGCAGGAGGUGAACGGUGUUGUGGCGGCAGAGUACGAACUGGAGCACCUUCUACUGGAGGGUCACUGCUUUGACCUUUCCACUGGCCAGCCUCCCCGUGGACUCCAGUUCACCCUGGGCAUGAGUCGAGACCCACUCAUGUAUGACACCAUAGUCAUGGCAAACCUGGGAUAUUUUCAACUGAAAGCCAAUCCUGGAGCUUGGAUCCUCAGGUUACGUAAAGGAAGAUCAGAGGACAUCUAUCAGGUUCUCACGCAUGAUGGAACCGAUUCUCCUGCAGAUGCUGGUGAUGUUAAAGUAGUGCUUAACAGUUUCCACAGUAAGAUCAUCAAAGUCAGAGUGCAGAAGAAAGCAGACAAAAUGAAUGAAGAUCUUUUAAGUGAAACAACUGAGAACAAAGGGAUCUGGGACUCCAUAGCGAGCAUCGCAGGCGGAGUCUCCAAGAAAGAUGAUGGCGAGAAGAAAGAAGACGUUUUGAACAUCUUCUCCGUGGCCUCAGGUCAUCUGUACGAGCGCUUUCUGAGAAUAAUGAUGCUGUCUGUCCUUCGGCACACCAAAACACCUGUCAAAUUCUGGUUCCUUAAGAAUUACCUCUCUCCGUCUUUCAAGGAGACCAUCCCUCACAUGGCCGAGUCGUACGGCUUCCAGUAUGAAUUAGUGCAGUACAAGUGGCCCCGCUGGCUCCACCAGCAGACGGAGAAGCAGCGUAUUAUCUGGGGAUACAAGAUCCUAUUCUUGGAUGUUCUCUUCCCCUUGGCUGUGGAGAAGAUUAUCUUCGUGGACGCUGACCAGAUUGUCCGAGCUGAUCUGAAAGAGCUAAGGGAUUUAGAUCUGGAGGGGGCGCCAUACGGCUACACACCGUUUUGUGACAGCCGCAAAGAGAUGGAGGGCUACCGCUUCUGGAAAACGGGAUAUUGGGCCUCGCAUUUGGCUCACAGAAAAUACCACAUCAGUGCUCUCUACGUGGUGGAUUUGAAGAAGUUUCGAAAGAUUGCAGCAGGAGACAGACUGAGAGGACAGUACCAAGCACUGAGCCAGGACCCCAACAGUCUGUCCAACCUGGAUCAGGACCUUCCUAACAACAUGAUCCACCAGGUGGCGAUCAGGUCCUUGCCUCAGGAGUGGCUGUGGUGCGAGACGUGGUGUGAUGACGUCUCCAAAGCCACAGCAAAAACCAUAGAUCUGUGUAAUAAUCCGAAAACCAAGGAGCCGAAGCUGUCGGCAGCAGCCAGGAUUGUGCCUGAAUGGGUCGAGUAUGACAGCGAGAUAAAGCAGCUGCUGAGGCGGAUACAGGAAGAGGGAGAAGCAGUGGGACAGAAACAAAAACCUCCUUCCUCCAAACGCAUACCAGAUGAACUUUAGUGUUGGCCUGCGCUCUGCAGCACCAAGGACCCUGUGAAGCUUGAAGACGGACAGAUCCAGCCAAUCACAGGCGCUGAGUGGUGACAUGGCAGAGGUUACCUGAGAGUCACAGCUGCUUCUGCACUGGUCUUACAAAGUCAACCUGUGAUGUUAGUGUUAUUAAAGGUCCAGCUGUGAACUCCUGCUGCACGAUCAGCACAUCAGUCAGCUCCAGGUGAAGUGGAGGGACCGGGUUCUGACAGUCCAUUCCAUUCAGGUUGUGCACUUGGAAACACAUUUGGCAAAUGUUGCACUGGUAAAAAUAGAACAAGAAUUUUAACAGAGAGGCCACACCUCUUCAAACUGUACCUGUUUAUUUUUUUAAGUUGCUGAAAUACUCAAACCAACACUUGUUUUUGAAGUUUUAUGAAUUUCACAUCCUUACGCAAAAUUCAUCAGAAGCAAAUCCACUAAACGGGUCUGAAAACCUGAACAGCAAUAGUCAAAACAGUGUCUGACAGGAUCAACUAGCCAUCGCUGGUAGAACUUUCUCUUGAGCUCAGGCUGGAUAAACGUGAGUACUAGACCUGGAGUACUCUCAGAGUACUCUUUUUGUGAUAUAGACUGUGUUAAAACUCCUGACCAAUCAUGAGUUUUGCAGUCCGUCCUCACUGACUUGGACUCAGACUUGAACAGGAAGACAAGACCUGGUCUUGAUUACUCUUCUUGUAACUCACUGUGGACUCUGUGUUAAUACUCUUGACCAUUCAUUUGUGUUGUAGUACAUCUUUUCUGACGAUCAUUAAACAUUAGACUAGAUGUGGCCUUGACUCAGACUACAUUUUUUUUCUGAUUUAGACUUUUGACCGGUCGUCUUUGCUACUACUUCUUCAGCAAUUUGGACUAGGAUGUGAAAAAUGUGAGGACGAGUCUUUGACUUUUACUACUAGGACUGCGUCUUGAAACUCUUGAUCAUAGGUUAUAUUUCAGUCCUUUUUUUUAGUGAUUACCUUAGAUUUGAACAUGAGAAACAUUAGACCAGACUUUUGUCUGGACUGAGACCACAGUUUUUGUACUAUGGACUUUGUCUUGAAAGGGCCUCUCCUCAUGAAUACACUACUUUAAAAUGUGUGGCUAAGCUAACAGUUACCUCACUGCUUGGCUACAGUUUCACCAGUUACCAAAACAAAUUAUUUCUGAAGUAACUAAGCUCAGAAACCUCAUUUAGAAGGUAUGUUAGUUUUGUUUGUUUUUAUUUAUUUUACUGUUUUUAUCUUGCGUUCCUUCACAUUUAAUCUGUUACAUUUACAGAAACAUCUCUGAUAUUUAAAUUCCCCCCAUGUUCCAGCAUUUUGUCUCAGGAAUAAAACGGGUGCUGCUGCUCCAUGAAGCCAGAGGCAGUUAUUUUUUUUUGGACCUAAUAAAUAAAAAUGAGACGCAGGAAGUGUGCUGCAAUAGCAGCCAUCUUUCACUGUGCUGUGUCGAACAGAGUUGUUUAUAUUAAUAUGUGGCGUAAAAAUAAAUCUUUGGUACAUAACGGUUGACUCACUUUUAUGACCACAGAUGGGGUUCUGGAGUGCGUUUGUCAUGGAGACGACUUCCAGUGAAAAGGCUGUUUUAUGGGGGACAGAUUAGGUUUACCUGUGGACGGGCCAAAAAUCUCUGUCUGCUGUCAAACUGCUGUCCAAAGUGUCCAAUCAGCAUCACUGUGACUCAGUUCAGUGUACAUAAAUAGUUCUUUAUUUACACAUUAGAAAGUCUCCAUUCAUAUAAAAAUAGCACUGCACCUAUGUACAAACAAUCUGAAUGGAUGCAAGUGGUAAAGUGUAGAACACAAUAGUCUGUAUCCCAAAAGGCACUUAUUGUCCAAAAAGCAAGUCCUUCACCACUUAGAUUUAAAGGCAUGUAUCAUUAUUAACAUUUUUAAACAUUCAAGAAAUGUCUUUAAGCGUCACUGAAUUAAAGUGACAAUUUGCUCCACAUUUUAGUGCGUUACACUGCCGUGUCUCCGGUCA